UGGGCCGUCUUCCCCCAGUCCAUCCGUCGCCUCUGCAAGCCUGUCCCGUCCAUUAAUCCCAUCUCCCCUGGAUUCCUUUCAUAUCCUUUCAUAUCCUUUCAUUUCCUCUCAUUUCGUUUCAUUUCCUUUCAUUUCGUUUCAUUUCGUUUCAUUUCGUUUCAUUUCGUUUUACUCUUCGCUGCCGGCUGGCAUCGCUUCGUCGAUCCCUCGAUCGUGUGUGUCCUGAACUCUGUCCGUCAUCUUCCAGGGACAUUCAGCGCCGGCUGCAAUCUCUUUGCAGACCCAUCGAAAUUAGCACAUCACCAGAGCAAACAUCAAGUAUCGAACCAUAUCAGACAUUCAACAUCACAAAUCCGAACAAAUCAAGCAUCAACCCACCAACCCAUCGCAGCCCGCAUUCGCCAUGCCCGAGUCUUCGUCUGCGGCCUUCCUGACCUUGGGCGUCUCGCCCACCCUCGCCCUGCCGAUCUUGCCUCUGCCCGGCUCCGAGACCCCGUUGUCGGUCACCGCCGAUGCCCUCAGCUCGCUCCUCACGAUCGAGGGCCUCGUCGGCGUCAACACCAUCCUCACGCCCUUCCCGUCGCUCUCUCGCCGCUCGGUCGCCACCAUCGCCGCCGCCCCGUCGAUCCAGCCAUCGCCAAAGCUGUCACCCCUCACCAAGCCCAUCUCGGUCUUUGUCCCCUCCGAUGCCUCCAUCACUGCAAAGGUCUCCUCCGAUGUCUCGCGGGGAUCGGCCCACUCGUCGGCGUCCUCGCCAUCCACCUCCAAAUCCUCCCUUUCGUGCGAGUCUGCCACCUUUGAGAGUCCCGAGCUGCCUCCGCUGGCGAACGUCGUCCCGGAUGUCUCAAGGCUGUGUCUCUCGCCACAGAGCACCACUCUCCCGCUCAGCGUCCUCUCGAAUGAAUCGCCCCGUCCCCGACCUCGGUCCGCCAUUUCCGUUUCCGACCGAGCACAUCCUUCCGCGCCGUAUCUACUCACAAACUCCCCGCGCAUCUCCACCGUGCUCGAGGUGCGCUUCCUUAUCGUCGAAUCGGUCGAUACCAGCGUUCAGGAGCUCUCCGACAGUCCCUGGGGGCUUGGGCCCAAUUCCGCCGUUCUGCUGGACCACACCAAGGUCAUCGCUGGGGUAUCCGAGUUUCAGGUCGUGCCCUUCACGGUCAAGGUCCCGCUGCCGGAAAACACGUUCGAUCGAGAGUCGGGCGCAUUCAACAUCGAUGUCUUUCGAAAGGGAUGUCCACAGACCUAUCGAGACGAAUACUCUGGAAUCAAGUGGACGCUCGAGGUGACUUGGAAGAGCGACCAAGGCGACAUCAUUGCUGUUACCAGCAGAAACCUCAAAGUGAUCCAUCAGCUCGACAAGGCAGCCCAACCUGUCCAGCCCGUCGUUCCUCCCCAUCCCUCGCGCCUUUCGCUGCCCCCGCCGCCAGUUCCGCAGCCCCUGAUCCCGAUCAAGACAUUCAAGGGCGUCAGCGAAGACUCCAAGGUGCGCUACGUCGUUCAGGUGCCGGAAUACGUCACUACCCGCCUGAGGUCGUUCACUGUCGACAUCCAUCUUGUCAUGAUGGACGAUGCCUAUCAACGAAAGCCACGAUUCAACAAGGUCCAGGUGGAGCUGAUCCAGAACCGACGAUACCAGGCCUCGCUCGAGAUUGCCCGCAAGACCCUCACCAUCUCGACACAGACCAACAAGCUCAAGCUCCAGCGCCAGACCACCUUUGGCGAGCGGUACGAAGUCUCGACCCACAACACCUUCAACCAAUCCUUCACCUCCAACAUCACCGCUGACGUCUCCAGCACCCUGAUCCACAUCGGCCACGCCCUGCGGAUCAGGGCCUUUUACGAAAAGAACGUGGCUCGUCUCGCCACUGACGUGCUGGCCUCGUCCUUCUCAGUCGUCUCGACCACCUCGAUGUCGCUGCUGGGCUUUGGCCAGGGCUCCGGCAGCGGCCAUGCCGGCUCGCACGGCAAGGGGCCGAAUCUGACCGGGUUUUUGUCGGCCAUCCAUGGCGACUGGACCGAGUUCGACGUGCCCCUGGUGGUCUUUGAUUGAGGUCGACCUCGGCCCUCUCUGUCACUGCCCACGACCAGCGGGAUCCUCUCCCCCCCCCCAGCGUUUCUCUUCAUAUUGCUGCCGUUUUCCCUGGACUCGUUUGUACCCUUUGCCUCCAUCACAUUCCUCACUUGGCUUGCUCGGCCGCACUCUGGAUCAUUUCCCUCUCCCACAUACACACCACUCAAUCGUCCGCUCGCCUGUGUAUUGAUGUCUCCGCUAUAUAUCUGUCCAAUAUACGACGGUCUGUCGGUGUGCCGCCCAGCC